UAUAUGCGACACGACGAGAAGAAAAUGUUAAUUGCAUCUUAAAUGUAACAGAAUAAGAGGUUACAUCUAAUGUCGAUCUUUAAGUGCUCCUGUCAAGCAAUUAUCGGUUAAAUGACGGACGAUUUGCAUUCGAUCUUUGGCGGCAGACGAGACACUUUUCUCGAGACCGACUGCUCAUUCGUCUCCUUCUCCCUACCUCGGACAGUUUCCACUCUCUUUCUCGCUGUCCCCCGACCGCACUUAAAUAAGGGACAACAGCUACACGGGAGGGAAAGAAAGAGAGAGAAAGAGAGAGAGAGAGAGAGAGAGAUCGUGCCAAGGCACCUUACGACUAGAUCGUCAGCGACCUUCUGCCGAGUCGGAGAAACCGAACCUCUCUUGUGGACUCUCAGAUCUUCGUGACAAUUGCGGUUAAUCAGGCCUGGCAUUGUCAGAAACGUGACCGCACGUUCCCAAGUCGGAAGAGGCUGAGACGCUCGUCGGCGACCGAGCGGUCGAGACGUGCCUCGUCGAUCUUCGCGGUGAAACGCACGUCGAAUCGUCGUGCUCGCGAUCGUCAUCGGUUACCACCCGCCAAUUUUUUUCCCGUUAAAGAGACCACGAGAUUUUUUCAAUUCAAAACGAUAUAUAUUCUCGAUUCGAAGAUCAACGAGAAUCACGGAAUAUAUAUAAGAACAGAAGCAAGAUAAAAUUUCACUACAAAUAUCAUCGUGCACAGAGAGAGAGAGAGAGAGAAAGAGGAAGAAAGAGAAAAAGAGAGAGAUACAUUUUUGCGAUACAUUUUUCGUUUGAGAGAAAGAAUUGAGAGAAGAUAAAUGUGACUUACGACUCGAUCUCUCAGUAUCGAAAAGCCGAGUGUCGAUCAUCCUCUACUGUGCGAAAUCAGUAAAAAAUCGGUGUUUUUUUCGGAGAACCGAGGAGAAUCCGACAGAUCGCGAGUCAACGAACCGCGCGAUCGCCGCUUUUCGACGGGGUUUCGCGAUCGACCGAUCGAUCGCGACUGCUUUCCACGAACAGAACAGGUGACGAGAAGGAAGACGCGGCAAGGUGGUGCUCGUGGACGAGCAUCAAUGCAUCUCCGACAGUGGGAACGGUUGAUCGUGUCAAAAAAUCAACGUUGCCUCGAGACGGUGGCCCGAUACCGCUUACGAAGUAUUUCAUGAUCGUCUCCUCGAUGAAAGGAACCAGCCUGAUCGCCAUCGUCGUCGUUAUUGUUGUUGUUGUUGUGAUCACAUCCUACCUGCUGUGUUGUCCGCAACACCUCUCGGCCGAGACCAAGUGCCAGACUGUGAUACUACACCGGAUAGAGAAAUCGCCUUGUGAUCCUCCGCGUUUUACCUCAAUGUACUCAAUGUCCGCGAAUCGAUUGAACGUGCUCGUGACCCUGGUGAUCGCCGUCGCGUUUCUUGUGGCGGAAUCGGGGAACGCACAAGUGGACGCCUAUCCUCAAUAUUCGAAUCAACAGAGCGCGCAGAAGUACUGCGGCAAGAGGCUCUCUAAUGCCCUGCAGAUAAUCUGUGAUGGCGUGUAUAAUUCGAUGUUUAAAAAGAGUGGUCAAGCGCAAGGAGGAGCGAAUACCGAUCGCAUAGGUAGCAGCUUUGACUACGGUCGCGCUCAAGAGAUGGAACUGGCCGAUUACCCGCUUGUCUACGACAUUCGUCCCCCAUUCAUGGUCCCGACCAGAGCAAGGGAUAUGAUAAACGGUCGCUUCGGCGACAGACGUUCACGAAGGGAAACGCGAGGUAUCCACGAAGAGUGCUGUAUCAACGCGUGCACGAUAAGCGAAUUGUCCAGCUACUGCGGAUCGUAAAAAUUCGCCUAAGCGCGCGUCCGAAAACCGGUAACCCUUCGACUUCCGCUUUACCGCUCGAUCACCAUGCAACCGAAUAAUCACACGUUCACGCGCACAUACACGUUCUUUCAUACACACAACAUACAUACACACACACACACACACACACACACACGUUUUUUCAUACACACAUACACACGUAUACUUAAAUACACACUGAAAGGUUUCACCAAUAACCGCAUCAACCGCGUUCACGCUGGAGACUGAUUCGUGAUAAUUACAUGUAUAAUCGCGAAGGAUCAAUAUUUUAACGCAUGAUCGUGCGCGACACUGUAUUCUUUCGAUCUUGAUAUUGUUUUGAGAAUGAGGGAGCAACGGAGGAAAGAGAAACAGACCUCUCUCGAGACACAGUCUUGAAAAAUAGAAUACAAGAUCGCCCAAAAAAAUGUAUUUCUUUUUUUUUUUUUUUUUUGAAUAAUUAUUCGUGUGAUUGAGAAUGCUUGUGUGAACCACUGUGAACACUAUAACCUAAUGGAACAAUAAAAAAAAGUUAUUUAUUCGAAAUUGAUUCUAUAUCCAACUUUCCCGAUAUUUGGACAAUUUUUCCUUCGCUUGCUCCAUCUUUAUCUACAACGAUUAUGAGAAUCUUUUCGAAAUGCGUUUCACACUCUCAGCUAUGUGUGCAUAUGCGACACAGAGCGACGAUUGGCUGACAAUUGUUUCGACACAACAAAUUGACUUGGCUAUAAAUUUUGUUUUGUUUCUUGUGGAUCUUUUCCUUAGUUAAAAACUCAAAUUUAAUCUCACAGAGAGAUGAGAGCUAUGUUCGUACAAUCGAGGACGCGUAAAAAAAUUAAGAGGGUCAACGAUUUCGCGAAAGGCGCUAACGCGUCGCGCGUUACACAUGUACACGUACACACUUCAUUAAACAUGUUUACACCUCUCGUCGUGUCGUACCGCGACAUUUGUCGCACUUGUUUUUUUUUUCUCAAUCGAAAAGAGGCAGCGUCCACAUUCGCAGACUGAUCUCUGCGAGGAAGUUCAAUCGAGAACAAAAAUCAAUAGGGAAGAAAAGGAGAUAAACCAAUAUCGCGACCUGCGUAUUUAGAGUAUCUGACGCGUGAUCUACUGGCGAUCAUUAUGCGCGCACGCGACAUACGUGAAAAAUAAAAAAAAAAUAAAAAAAAAACCGCGUAUGUCGACGGUGUCACGCGAUUUCACGUCCGCUCGCCCUGUCCGACGAAAUCGAUCUUUGGGAUAUUUGCCUCUCGUCUUUUUUUCGUUUACUGGUUAAACAUCGGAAUGACAUUGUAUACGUACAAUUUAUAUUUGCAUUGUUUCACGCCACCAAUCAUUCUGCGUAAACGUCAUUUUGACGAAUGAUCCAGUUCGCGAUUUAACCGAGAAAUCUCGCGCGAUUAUCGCGGAAAAUGCAGUCCCACUCGCAUGGUGAUUUCCGGCGACGAAGCACAGAAGAAAACAACUCGAUAGCUUUUAGUUUCUUGUGUAACUGUAAAUGUUUUUUUUUUUUUUUUGUAUAUCGAAUCUCUUCGAGACGACGAUCGAGGGCGGAAACGCUCGUCGUUGUUGCGAACGGACAUUGAAGUUCGACACUAAGCAUUACUGUAGCUUGCGUUAUUUUUUAAUUUCUGUCAGAGGCUGUGACGAAUUUCAACGGACAUCCACGACUGUACCGCAUAUAUAUGGUGAUAUUAUUCUUAUUCGUAGAACGCGUGUAUUCCGAACGAUUGAACUUUCGAGGAAAGGAACGUGAGAGUAUAUAGCGUAAAAAAAAAAAAAAAAAAAAAA